AUGUCAGUGCCACCGUCGCGGGCACAAUCCGAAGUCUUCUCGGCAUCGCAGUAUGGAGGUCCGGCUUCCACCCGGCAACGGCCGGCCAUAAAUCAUUUUAUUUUACCCACAUUUAUCUUAUCCGUUGUUGGAUUGGCCUGCUUAUGGGCACUAUGGUACUACAUGAGCUUUACAUCAGUGUUUCCUUAUCACCACCGAGUAUUUUACUGUCGGGACAUACACUUAUAUAAACCUAAUUUUCGACCUGAAGAUUUUGAAGUUUACGUAUCCUAUGCACUACUCUAUACACUCGGUUUUGCUCUUCCACCAGUUGUGAUUUUUAUCGGCGAAGUGAUGUUUUGGCUAUUUUCAACUAAACCCCGAAAGACUGUCUAUGCAAACUGUGGCGAGUGUAAAGUGCAUCUUUUCACCCGAAGACUUGUCCGGUUUAUUGGUGUAUUUAUGUUUGGUGCGCUGAUUACACAAAUAUUUGUUCAUACUAUAAAAUUGAUGACCGGUUAUCAGAGACCGUAUUUCCUAUCGUUAUGUAACGUCAACAUGAGCAUGUGUACUGCACCCUUAGAACACUCUCCAUCUCCAUCACCGGCAUUGGCGUGUAAUUAUCGGAAUCCUGACGACUUACGGUAUGCUUGGCUUACAUUCCCGUCUUUGCAUGCUGCCUUUUCGUCGUAUUCAUGCGUUUUUGCUUCUCUUUACAUCUACUAUAUGAUUAAUCUUCGAGGAGCACCUUUGCUUAGGCCAUUUCUUAUAUUCGGUUUUAUGGGACUCACUAUGGUGGCGUCAUUUUCGCGUAUCAAUGGUUACAAAAAUCACUGGCGAGACGUUUGGGUUGGUUGGCUUUUAGGAGCUGCAAUAGCCUGGUUUUUGUGCUAUUGCGUUUUAUGCUUUCAAGAGGUUUAUCAUGUCGUUGUUGAAAAAACUCCAGUUGUUGAGGAACGUAUCAGUCCAUUUUUCUCCUGGUUCCGGCUUCCACGAGUUCAAGCACCAUCACUUAAGGAAGAAUAUGUUGUUUAUGAGGAGGACGUGCCACAGCAACCAGCAGUUGGAACGGCACGACAUCGUAAGAAUCAGGACCGUACUUACGAGGUCACAACUACCACAGAAAGCUUCCAUCGAACAAUAUCACCGCCACAACAGCAUAAUGGUUAUUCCGGCUAUUAG